AGAUACACCCCUCCACCACCUUUUCCCUUAGGGGGUUUUGGGAGGUGGUGGGGUCAUUGAUGAAGAGCCCAAAGGUCCAGGAAGACCUCUGAGACUCCAGUGGUUGGGCGCAGUGAGGGCUGAGGAGAGAGCUGAGCCAUGGGGAGGUGGAGGGGGGGUCUGUAGCUAUGCCUGCAGGGUGCAGAACCGAGUUGGGGGCUGACUGUGAGACUGGUAAAGGCCUGAACCACCUGGAAGGGUAUGGGAUGAUGGGUGAGUGUUGGGGUCUCUCAGGAGAGCCUGGAGGAGCCUACUGGUUGAGCUCAGCAGAGAGGUCUGGGCUGGAGGUGUUACUGUGCUAAGGUUGUGAUGGGUUGGUGGAUUGGGUGGUUAAAACCCUGGCAGGUCACAGGAGAGAGGUCCGAGAGAGAGAAGAAAAACAGACUGGCGGUCCUCGGAGUGCAGCUGGUGGUGACCCUGCUCACUGCCACCCUCAUGCACAGGCUGGCGCCGCACUGCUCCUUCGCGCGCUGGCUGCUCUGCAACGGCAGUCUGUUCCGAUACAAGCACCCGUCCGAGGAGGAGCUUCGGGCUUUGGCGGGGAAGCCGAGGCCCAGAGGCAGGAAAGAGCGGUGGGCCAAUGGCCUUAGUGAGGAGAAGCCACUGUCUGUGCCCCGAGAUGCCCCAUUCCAGCUGGAGACCUGCCCCCUCACAACUGUGGAUGCCCUGGUCCUGCACUUCUUCCUGGAGUACCAGUGGUUCGUGGACUUUGCUGUGUACUCGGGUGGCGUGUACCUCUUCACAGAGGCCUACUACUACGUGCUGGGUCCAGCCAAGGAGACUAACAUUGCCGUGUUCUGGUGCCUGCUCACAGUGGCCUUCUCCAUCAAGAUGUUCCUGACAGUGACACGGCUGUACUUCAGUGCCGAGGAGGGGGGUGAGCGCUCUGUCUGCCUCACCUUUGCCUUCCUCUUCCUGCUGCUGGCCAUGCUGGUACAGGUGGUGCGGGAGGACACCCUCGAGCUGGGCCUGGAGCCUGGCCUGGCCAGCAUGACCCAGAACUUGGAGCCACUUCUGAAGAAGCAGGACUGGGACUGGGUGCUCCCUGUGGCCAAGCUGGCUAUCCGUGUGGGGCUGGCGGUGGUGGGCUCUGUGCUGGGUGCCUUCCUCACCUUCCCAGGCCUACGGCUGGCCCAGACCCACCGGGACGCGCUGACCAUGUCGGAGGACCGGCCCAUGCUGCAGUUCCUCCUGCACACCAGCUUCCUGUCUCCCCUGUUCAUCCUGUGGCUCUGGACAAAGCCCAUUGCACGGGACUUCCUGCACCAGCCGCCGUUUGGGGAAAGGCCCUUCUCCCUGCUGUCCGACUCUGCCUUCGACUCCGGGCGCCUUUGGCUGCUGGUAGUGCUGUGCCUGCUGCGGCUUGCGGUGACCCGGCCCCACCUGCAGGCCUACCUGUGCCUGGCCAAGGCCCGCGUGGAGCAGCUGCGAAGGGAGGCUGGCCGCAUCGAAGCCCGUGAAAUCCAGCGGAGGGUGGUCCGGGUCUACUGCUACGUGACCGUGGUGAGCUUGCAGUACCUGACGCCGCUCAUCCUCACCCUCAACUGCACACUCCUGCUCAAGACGCUGGGAGGCUAUUCCUGGGGCCUGGGCCCAGCCCCUCUACUAUCCCCCAACCCAUCCUCAGCCAGUGCUGCCUCCAUCGGCUUUGGGGAGGACGAGGUCCAGCAGACUGCAGCACGGAUCGCCGGGUCCCUGGGUGGCCUGCUCACGCCCCUCUUUCUCCGCGGCAUCCUGGCCUACCUCAUCUGGUGGACGGCGGCCUGCCAGCUGCUCUGCAGCCUCUUCGGCCUCUACUUCCACCAGCACUUGGCAGGCUCCUAGCUGCCUGCAGAUCCUCCUGUGGCGCUGAGGUCUUGUCCUGGGUCAGCAGGACACUAGCCUGCCCCCUCUGUGUGUGCCCUCGUGUCCCCAGCAGCAAGGUGGGGCCGGACUCCCUGCUGUUCCCUUCACCGCAGUGCCUGAGCCGCGGCCCCCCUUGGACGCCGAGUUUCUGCCUCAGAACUGUCUCUCCUGGGCCCAGCAGCAUGAGGGUCCCGAGGCCAUUGUCUCCGAAGCGUGUGUGUCAGGUUUGAGUGGUGGGGGUGAUGCUGGCUGCUCUUCUGAACAAAUAAAGGAGCACGCCGAUUUUUACAAA